UUCCCCUGUACUCUCUCUCUAGGUGGCCCCUCUUCCUCUCCUCUCUCUUCCCAGUUUUGCGCUCUCUUCUGUGAACACAUUUUCGCGUGAGGCCAUGGGUUUCCAGAGUGUUUGAAAACCCUGCAACUCUCUGAAUAUGGAGGUGGGAAAGAGCUGCCUAUAUAGCAGGAGAGCGCGCAGUGGAGGAAUCCAUGCGCUUAGUAGUGAUCUUCUCUGCAGAAUCUUCGGCUCUCUAGACCACUUCGAUCUUGCUCGAUCCUCUGUAGUCUGCAAAUUCUGGUACAGAACAAUUCUUAACUCUAACUUAUGGAAACAUCUAUGUUACAAGCAAAAGCAAUGUCCGGUUGAUCUAAGUGAAGUGCACACUCCCAAUAAAUCAUGGAGUAUCUGCCUGCAAGAGCUUGCAGUGGAGCAACACAUAACGUAUUUAUCAGCAGGCUUUGCAGAAGUUUCUCAAUGGAGAGGCCAUUCUUCAGGUGUAAAUGUUUGCCGCAUGAAGAUGGGAUUACUUUUGACCGGUGUAGGAGAUAAGGUAUUGCGGCUAUGGUCUUCACGGAAUCACAAGUGUUUAGAAGAAUAUCAAGUUCCAGAUGUGCUCCCACUCAUUGAUUUUGAUUUUGAUGAGAAUAAGAUUGUUGGUCUUGUUGGAACUCACGUAAACAUUUGGAAGCGUCAAGGUAAAAGAAGCAUAUUGUCAAACAAAGGGUGUGUGACACGAACUUACUGCAUGCGGACAUUUGGUGUUCUUGAGAUGGCUUCUGGUUUGCUAUGCAGUUACAUGGAUCCAGAGGCUGUAAUUGGAUGUGGGGAUGGAACUGUUCGUGUCUUUGAUAUGUAUGGGGGCAGAAUGUCAAGAAUUAUAAGGAUGCAUCAUGCCCCUGUAACUUGCCUGGCUUUGACCGAUGACCAGUUGAUAGUGAGCGGUUCCUCCCUUGGUAGUGUAUCUGUUUCUGAUAUUGUAUCUGGCCAAGAUGUGGCUUCCUUGAGAAGAUCCACUGCCACAGGAAUAAGCUGUUUAUCCGUGAACCCGUGCUCGCAUUAUGUUUUUGCUGGAACAACAUCUGGUUAUGCACAAUGUUGGGAUCUCCGGAAACAUCAGCAAGUUUGGAGGACACGAGUGAGCCCAAAUGUUUUGUAUGCAAUGGAUCAUCUACCAGGUGAUACAUUCUGUCUGGUUGUGGGUGGCAUUGAUGGUGUUUUGCGUGUAGUCAGCGCAAACUCAGGAAUCACUCUCUCAGCCUUUAUUCCUGGAAUUGAUACAAGAAGAGACUCAGAUGACAGAUUGGUUAAGAAAUUCAAGGCAAAGAGAGCGACGGAAGAUGACCUUCUUACCAUACCAAGACAUGAGCGGCCCACCAUCACAUGCCUUUCAGUGGGAAUGCAUAAGGUGGCCACCGUUCACAAUGAUAAGCACAUAAUGAUGUGGAGGUUCAACUGCUAACUGAUAAUUCUCUUCAGAGUUAAAAAGGUUGGGUUGGUGCUCUCUCUGUAGGUCAAUGCAUUGGAUCAAUGGCUAUCCCUUGCUCAAUUUCUUGAAGUGAGAAUUGUUUCUUUAGAGAGAGAGUCUGUUUAUGCAGCGAUUAUGCAGCGAGAUGGCAACAAUUGUUUAUGUUUGUGAGAGAGAAUCUGUUUAUGCAGCGAGAUGGCAAAAAUUGUUUUAUGAAUGCUCA